UAAAUGAACAAGACUUCGUCGCUUCGACUCCACGUGGCUGUUGGAGGUUGUUUCGGUGCUUUGAAGUUCACACAGCCAACCACUCAGACGGUUCAGCCACUUCCUCUCAUCACAGAAGAAUAAGAGUGCAGCAACCAGGGGAGAAAGAGAGAAAGAAAAGUGUGUUUCCACAGAGCGGCCUGAAAGAGAGACGCGGGGGGAGAGUCAUGGACGCCGCCUCUGAUGAGACUUUUUUCAGCGAUCCGGUCAUCUGCUACUUCCUGGACUCGAUCCUGAUUGUUUACUGCAUCGUUGCCACGUUGCUCUUCUUCAGAGAAAAGUUUUCCCACAUUCCUAUUGCAGAGCCUGAAGAUAACGAUUGCCUUUACCAGGAGCUCCAGAAGCUAAAGGAUGCUGAUCUUUACCAGGUGCUUGAACACCCCAAAAGAAAAAAAAAAGCUGCCAAGAAAAAGAAAUCGGGGUCGGCCCCAGCUGAGGAGAGGGAUCCAGACCCCUCUGAGACCCUGAUGCCCGGAGGCUCUGCUCCUCCUCCUCUGCCUCCGACCUGAAGUCCAUGUUCCAGUGUCGCCGCUUUAACAUUUGGCUGAAUAAAUGAUCCAAAUAGGGAAAGUAUGUCGAUGACUCAUUGUCAUAAUUCAUCAAGCAAAAAUUAAACUCUGGAACCAAACUUCUCAAAAAUUGCCUUUUUUUCUCUGUUGUGAUAAGUGAAUUCAAAGAGCUUAACUGUGCAUAUAAAGGGCCUCCCCGCCAUGUUUUAUAACAAUAUAUAAAUAUAAUUACUGUAAACUCUUGCUAACGCUAACAAUGCAUACAGACGUGUAGCAGCUAUUGUUCUACGGGUUUUUUGGCCUAUCGGCUCGCUAAUAUUUACAGGAGAAACUAAAUAAAUUAAAAUGUGUCCCUCCCGGUUGCACCACAUGACCUCUGACCUCUCCAGUAUGCUCCAGUUCUGUAACUGAAUGUCAAUAAAAGUCAAAGCUCAUGUCAAAACACUUGGAAAAUGUUUUAAUGAUGUUUACAACAAAAGAGAACUGUACAGUUACAGUAAAAGAUUAUUUGUAUAUGUGUAUAAAAACAAAACCAACAAAAAUACAGCAGACAAAUGCAUCAAAAUCUACUAUGUAUCCUGAUUCACAUACUUAAAACUCCUACACGACCUCUCAGUUCUACACUGGAGGCAGUUUCUUUGUUUAUUUUUCGUCCAAUGAGAGCACAGCUCAGCGAUUUGUCCCCGAUGGAAACCAGGACCCUCGACGCUGAGAGUCCCGGAGAGACCGUCAUCACGAGACUGCAGAAUAACAAAAAGGGAAAUAAAAAUCGGGGACACAUUCCUCUAGAUGAGCCCAAGCUGUUCACGCGUGUAGUAAAUGUUUUACACAAUGCAGUUCUUGACAUACAUGAGACGAAAUAUGUACAUGGCGGUUCCUUUUUCUUUUCUCUUUCUCAUUUUUCCUUGUUUGAAAGCCAUAUGGUCACUUAGGCUGUGAACUGAUAAUCUCUCUCACACACACACACACACACGACAAAUCCCAAAACAUACAAAAAUACUAUAUCUUUAACCUACCAAGAGUAAGACAAUUCUGCAAUUAGUUCCAUGCUGCGACAGACAAAAAAGAGGUUACAACAAACAAACGAGAAACAGA